CAAAAUCUCAACUUGCAGCAGUCCAAAGAACGAAGAAGAAGAUGAAGGGACAGGCAGAGCCAGAGAAUGAAGGAGAAGGAACAAAAGGGGUGAGUCUUGAAGAGCUGAAGAAGAAAAUGGCUGAUUUUGCUAAAGAAAGAGACCGGGAUCAGUUCCAUAGCCGAAGAGAUCUCCUUUUAGCACUGGUGGGUGAAGUGGGAGAAUUGUCUGAAAUCUUUCAGUGGAAAGGUGAGGUGCCAAGAGGGCUACCAGAUUGGGAAGAGAAAGAGAAGCAACAUUUAGGUGAAGAGCUAUCAGAUGUAUUGCUUUAUCUGCUUUCAGAUAUAUGUGGCAUUGAUCUUGGUAAAGCUGCACUGAGAAAACUGGAGAUAAAUGCCAUUAAAUACCCUGUUAGCCUUUGCAAAGGGUCAUCCAAAAAGCUUACUCUUUGGAGCAAAAGUACAACAACAAGAAGCUCCACCAGCAUCAAUAUCAGCAAUGACAGUGCAAAUGGUGUGACUGAUGAUGAGCUGGAGAGGCAGAAGAGAGAAGAAGCUGAGCGGAUGGAGAUGCAGAAGAGAGAAGAAGCUGAGCGGAUGGAGAUGCGGAAGAGAGCGGAAGCUGAGCGGAUGGAGAUGCGGAAGAGAGCAGAAGCUGAGCAGAUGGAGAUUCGGAAGAGAGCGGAAGCUGAGCGGAUGGAGAUGCGGAAGAGAGCAGAAGCUGAGCAGAUGGAGAUUCGGAAGAGAGCAGAAGCUGAGCGGAUGGAGAUGCGGAAGAGAGCGGAUGGAGAUGCGGAAGAGAGCAGAAGCUGAGCCGAUGGAGAUGCGGAAGAGAGCAGAAGCUGAGCGGAUGGAGAUGCGGAAGAGAGCAGAAGCUGAGCGGAUGGAGAUGCGGAAGAGAGAAGAAGCUUGAGAGGGUGGAGAGGCGGAAGAGAGAAGAAGCUGAGCGGAUGGAGAGGCGGAAGAGAGAAGAAGCUGAGCGGAUGGACAGGCAGAGAUUGCAGAAAAGCAGAGACCACGAGUACUAAGAUAGUUGGUGUUGGAAAAUGGUAACUUGGUGAAUCUCAGUGGUUGUUGAAGAAAAAAGAAUAACUUAGUGGUUGUUUUGCAUGAGCACCAUUUAGGGUGUUAUUCCUAAUGCAGUGUCCUCUAGGUGUAUCCGUGGGGUGUUCUUUUUCAUUUUCUAUGUGAUUUUGUCUUUAAUAUACUGAUAGUUUAAACUAUUCUUAUGCUAUUAAGUUGCCUGAUAAGGGAAUUUGAUGAAAAUUUGGUGAUUUGAAACUAAGUGCUUUAGUACAAAUAGUGAUGUUGUAAGUGUUGUUACAGGUGCGUCUCAAGAUGCACAUGUUGGUAUAUUCUGGUAAUUUUUAAGCUCCAUGCUUGAUUUGUUCCAUAAUGAUUUUCUGAUGAACACUUAUCAAAGACUUCUUUUAUGACUUCUCAAACUCUGGAAUAUGUUUCUGCACUCCAAAAAAAAAAAAAAGAAGUAAAAUCUGUUAGUUGUCCUAUUAGUGUUUCCAUGUCGUGAUUCCAUAGGGGCGGAAGCUGAGAUGGUGGAUUAUGUCUUAAUUUUAUUAAGGUGAUCGAGAGAGUCGUAGUUGAUAUAUGAAGGAAAUAUUAGAAAAAUGACUGUCUAAUUUUUUAGCUGAUUGUGUUGAGCUAAGAUGGUAGAUUUGUCCCUGUUGUUUUGAUAUGGUUCUCUAUAUUUUGUUUAACGACGGUGGCAUGCGGACAAAUCUUUUGUACAAUAUGCACGGUUGCCAGGAAAUCCGUCCACAAGGUUAGAGCAGAUGAACGCACAUUGAGUGUUGUAACCGGGAUUCUAAUUGGAGUCCCCAGGUUAUUGCUCCUAUACCUUAACCACUCAGUAAUCUCCAUGGUUCUAUUUCAACAUUCGUCCUCUUACCUCCAUCCAUGUUUUAACUUCAUAGAUUUCUUUUCUUGUGAUUUUUUAGUUUUUAUUUUCUGGAGAACAGUAUCCUUAGCCCUUUUCCCGUAGGAAUCGCAUGUCCACCCUUCGCAGGAGCAGCUCUUUACUGAACCUACCACGCUGGCAUACUUCAAUUAGUUGGAAGGUGGAAGAGGAUAGGAGUUAACCGAUGGCUGAAGUAGUGAAAGAGGGAUAGGGCAGAUCCGAAGGCAGCCGGCAGUGUUGUUUAAGAGCUAUUUUUAUUUGGAGCAUGUAGAAAAUUAUGGUUUUGCACUUAAAAUAGCAUAAUUUACAAUAUACAUUCUUGUGUAGGGGAAGUUGCAUGUGUUUCUUGAGAGAAUGGAGACUCUCUCCUUGGAUAAGUCAUGCACAUUAUUUUUUCAUGAUUUUAUUGCAAAUUUAAGCA